AUGUCGUUCGUCUUCCCAUCUUGGUCCACGGCGUUCUCGCCUGCCUUCCACGAGGAUGCCAAGGCCAUGCUUGAAGGUGCUCUCAACAAGGGUAACAAACCGCCUGUGAUCCAAGGUAGAAUCGAGGUUGUCGAGUUAAGUAUGGGCAAGGAGCCUCCGACCCUCACUUUACUGGAAAUAGGUGAUCUAUCACUGGAUCGUUUUCGAGGUAUUUUGAGAUUAGGAUACUCCGGAGAUGCAUGGUUAGAAGUACGAUGUCGAGUUCAGGCGAACCCACUCUCACACAAUCCGAACUUGUCUUCUUCAUCGACAUUACCGCUCUCAACACCAUUACUAGCCUCUCAGCCCUUAUUGGUACCUAUGACAUUACGUCUGUCGAAAUUGCACCUUCGAGCAAUAUUGAUUUUGGUCGUAUCAGCUUCAAAAGGGAUAACAUUGGUAUUUAAGAACGAUCCAUUGCAAAAUGUAGAUGUAUCCUCUACGUUCGAUUCGGUAGAAGUGAUUAGAGGGUAUUUACAACAGGAGAUCGAAGGACAGCUGAGAGAGAUGUUCAGGGAAGAUCUACCUGGUAUCAUACAUAGAUUAAGUCAGAGAUGGUUCCACGGUACAGGUGUAGGAGGAAAGGUCGAAACUCCCUAUAAAGACAUACCCACCGAUGUCAUACCAGAGGAAGAAAGGGAGGGAAGUGAUGAUGGAGUAGACGAAAGUAAUCCAUAUGGUGAAUCAUCUCAGAUAUUCCCACCUCACAAUAUACCUGCAACCACAUCGAACCAAGAGAAAUUUUCAACACCUCGUCGACAAUCCCUUCAAGCUCAACGAUCAUCCCUCAGACGUAGAAGAUCAAGUACGAGUAAUUCCAUAUCUGAAUCACCGACGAGCUAUACGGUCUUUCCCGAUAUCGAAGAUUACGAUCCGACGUACGGACUGAGACCCGAAGGUGUACCUACCCACAGCGGUUAUGAGGCUUUCGGAAGAUUAUGGGAGAAAUCUAGAGAAGGUGGAAAUAGAGGAUUGGGAUCUUUAAUGUCAAUGCCUAUACAGAAUCAAGAUCACGAUGGCACCUUACCGGAUUAUCUGAGUGAUACGUUCGAUGAGGAAGAUGAAGAUGAAGAGGAUGAAAUUAGGUCGUUUGACAUGGUCGAGAUGGAUGAUGUACUUCGAUCGAUCUCCCAUUCAACCAGGAAAUCAAGAAGACAAUCGUCCCUUCUCUCAGCGAUGGGUUCGAAAUACGGUGGAGGAGGUGAUGAGAAGAACCAAAUUGAGUGGGAGACCUUCCCGGCUGUUGGAGGAGGGGUAAUUACAAGACCAAGGGUAUAUCAUUCUCAGUCUCAGAUUAGGGCUCCAUCAGAAGCUGGUGGUAAUGGAAGAGCGAUGCCUAGUCCUGCAGGUACAGCUACAGGAGGAAGUGUGACUGCAAGAGCCAGCUCCGUAGGUGGUGCAUCCUCGACUGUAGGAAGCCUUCGGAUGCGUCCCUUCACACCUUCCACACCCAGUAUAGGUAUUCGCUCUCCUACAUUCACCCAAUCUCAAGCUGCUCCAUCAAGUCUUCGUCGAAUGGUCACCUCCCAUUCGGAUGUAUUCCUUUCAUCUUCUGCACAAGGUAUACACGGCACCAUUCCCCGUUCCGAGACCUUCAGCGCUAGUGCCAUACCUCGUAAAUCUGUCUCCUCGAGUCGUAGACCGUCUAGAACCGGUACGGGCGGUUCAUCCUCCGCCACGAGAACAGGAACUGGAACAGGUUCGUCAUGGGAUACGAUCGGGCAUUCUACAAAUCCUACAUCAACUCUACCAUCUAGUAAACCUUUAUCUAUCACUUCGAAACACCCUUCUACGAGGCAGAGAGUACCAAGUGUAUCUUUAUCUGGAACAUCACCUGGUAAUGGUUCGUUCCCACCUAGGAAUAUCGGACCUGGAGGUAUAACCUUACCGCUCAAUAAUUCAGUCAGUCAACUGGCGACUUUAUCACACUCUGCACAUACACUCUCACCUUACGCGAGAGGUCACGAACAUAUUGCUGUGAGAUCUUUCCCACAUCUGGGCAGAUCUAACACCGGUUUAGGUAUGGGUAUGGUCUCGUCGAUGAAUCUUAAUGGUUUAGGAAUAAACGAUGGAGGGGGAGGGGCAGGAGGGAUAACACCUAGAGCCUUAAUUCGUGGUGUCAAUGGUGGUGGUGGUGGUGGUGGGGAUUUAACAAAUGAACUGAGUGGACAAGGAAUGGGAGUGAUGAAAGCUAGAAGAAAGAGAAUACAUAGGCUGAAUACUACCAAGAAGGAUGGUCCUCCCAAUUCGUCACAGUCACUGUCACAGGCAGUUAGAAAAUCAAGUUUGAGUUCCAACUCGAGAUCGCAUUCGAAUCAUUCAGGUGAUAUAGAUGAGAUUGAUAAUUACAUCGAUCAAAAUCGAAGUCUACCAAAAGCAACAAAUAUGCCAAAGACUGGUAGAGGUAUGUCGAAUGUCAAUCUGACUAUGGAGAAAAGACCGAAUAUGAGGAGAAAUCCAGAUUCAAGAACCUCCUAUGGAUUCCCACAGUCGUAA